AUGGCAGCGAUAAAAAGAUUUUUUGAAAAGAAAAAACUUGAUGUCAAAUUCAAGAAAGCAGGAGAAGGUCACAGCCUAAAUGAGACAUCAGCACGAAAGCCAGUUUCAAAAUCAACUGGAUUGUCAAAUCCACGACGUACUGGCCCAGCAGAAACUGGUCAAAGAGCAGCUGAAGCAGCAUUAUCUCGCUUACAGUCUACUCACGAUCAAGAAAUUAUUCAAGACAGUGCUCCAGUGUUGUCAACUAUAUUUUAUAAAUGUCCUGAGAUUGGAGAAGCUGUAUUGAGUAAGUGUGAAAUGGAUGAGUAUAUCCAUGAAUUCCUAUUAACAAAUCUUGCAGAGGAACCAGAGAUGACCUCAGCUUUGAUGAUUCAAACAUUAAAUAAAGAUCGUGAAAAAGUUGGGAAAUGUGUAGAAACCUUAACAAAGUAUAUUGAUAAUGUGAUUAAUAACCCAGAUGAUCAUAAGUAUAGGAAAAUUCGAGUCAAUAAUAAAGCUUUUCAAGAUCGGGUGGCCUGCUUGAAAGGAACAGAAGAAUUUCUUCAAGCUGUCAGGUUUGAAAUGAAGUUAUUACCACAUGAAGAUAAUGAAGAAUAUUUCUAUGUAUUGGAAGAUGAAGCUGCAAUGGAUAUUGAAAGAUUAAAAGGGAUAAAGGAAGUCUUGACUAUGGCAAAACCCAUUAAACCUCAACUUGACAGAUCACUCAAAGUUUUCCAUCCUUCAUCUGGUGCCUCAAAAUUUUACAUUCCUGAUGAGUUUUAUGCUAUUUCUCCCGAAGAAAUUAAAAAAGAACAACAAUGUCGUACUGAAGCUGUAGAGAAAUUAGGGAUGCUAAGAACGAAGGCAAUGAGAGAACGGGAUGAACAGAGAGAGCUACGGAAAUAUAGAUUCACUCUGUUGAGAAUACGAUUACCAGAAGGUAUCAUUCUUCAAGGAACUUUCAGAGCAAUGGAAAAACUGAAAACAUUAUAUGAUUAUGUUCGUGAAAAUUUAAUAAAUGACUGGAUGCCAUUCCAACUGAUAUCAUCCUCGGGUGAAAAAUUGAUUGAUGAGGAUUUAACUUUAGCUGAACUUGGGCUUGUACCUGCAACUGUUGUCAACUUUGCUUGGGAUUUGACAGUAGCAGCUGAGGUAGCAGCCCAACAAGGGUCCUCAGCUACCACUAAUUGUUUAAAGCCAGAAAUAGCUGCUCUUAUUCAAGAUCUCUAA